CCACUACCCGGCCAUGGCCACGCUGCUCCCCUCGUUUCCGCACGCCCUCUCCAAGCCCCGCCACCUCCACCACCACCACUCCCACGUCGCCGCCGCCUCCGCCAGGCCCGAGGCCCCCAGCCCCGCCUCCGCCUCCGCCUCCGCGGCGCCCGCCAGCUCCCGCCUCCGCCGCCUCAUCGCGCGCGACGACCUCGCCGAGGCCGCGCGCCUCGUCGAGACCUCCACCUCCCGCGGCGAGGCGCCCGACGUCUACCUCUGCACCAAGCUCAUCCGCAACCUCUGCCGCCGCGGCCGCACCUCCGACGCCGCGCGCGUCCUCCGCACCGCCGAGGCCUCCGGCGCCCCCGUCGACGUCUUCGCCUACAACACCCUCGUCGCCGGCUACUGCCGCUACGGCCGCCUCGACGCCGCGCGCCGCCUCAUCGCCGCAAUGCCCGUCCCGCCCGACGCCUACACGUACACGCCCAUCAUCCGGGGCCUCUGCGACCGCGGCAGGGUCGGCGACGCGCUCGCCCUGCUCGACGAUAUGCUCCGGCGCGGCUGCCAGCCCAGCGUCGUCACCUACACCGUCCUCCUCGAGGCCGUCUGCAAGAGCAGCGGCUUCGGGGAGGCCAUGAACGUCCUCGACGAGAUGCGCGCCAAGGGCUGCACGCCCAACAUUGUCACCUACAACGUCAUCAUCAACGGCAUGUGCAGGGAGGGCCGCGUCGACGAUGCCAGGGAGAUCUUGAACCGGCUGUCGUCUUAUGGGUUCCAGCCCGACAUCGUCAGUUACACCACCGUGCUCAAGGGCUUGUGUGCCGCUAGGCGGUGGGACGACGUCAAGGUGCUCUUUGCUGAGAUGGUGGAGAAGAACUGCGUGCCCAAUGAUGUUACCUUUGACAUGCUAGUCAGAUUCUUCUGUCGCGGGGGUAUGGUGGAGAGGGCGAUCGAAGUUCUUCAGCAAAUGUCACAGCAUGGAUGCACACCCAACACUACCUUGUGCAACAUUGUCAUAAACGCUAUGUGUAAACAAGGUCGUGUGGAUGAUGCCUAUGACUUCUUGAACAACAUGGGCAUGUAUGGGUGCAAUCCUGAUACCAUUAGCUAUACUACUGUGCUAAGGGGCUUGUGUCGUGCCGGCCGAUGGGAGCAUGCCAAGGAGCUAUUGCCCGAGAUGGUCCGAAAGAACUGCCCCCCAAAUGAGGUCACAUUCAAUACAUUCAUCUGUAUCUUGUGCCAGAAAGGAUUGAUUGAGCAAGCUAUCAAGCUUAUUCAACUGAUGCCGGAGUAUGGAUGUUCAGUGGGUAUUGUCACAUACAACGCUCUUGUCCAUGGCUUCUGUGUGCAAGGGCGUGUUGAUAGUGCUCUUGAGUUGUUUAACAAUCUUCCAUGUGAGCCCAACACCAUUACAUACACUACGUUGUUGACAGGCUUGUGCCAUACCGAGCAGCUGGAUGCUGCUGCAGAGCUCUUGGCUGAGAUGAUUCAGAAGGAUUGCCCUCUAAAUGCGGUGACUUUCAACGUACUUGUGAGUUUCUUCUGUCAAAAAGGGUUUGUCGAGGAAGCAAUCGAACUUGUGUAUCAAAUGAUGGAGCAUGGUUGCACCCCUAACCUGAUCACAUUUAAUACUUUACUCGAUGGGAUCACCAAGGAUUGCAACUCAGAAGAAGCGCUGGAGCUAUUGCAUGGUUUGGUCAGUAAGGGAGUAUCCCUAGAUACGAUAACCUACUCUUCAGUCGUUGAUGUCCUCUCAAGAGAAGAUAGAACUGAAGAAGCCAUUCAGAUGUUUCAUGCCGUGCAAGAUAUGGGGAUGAGACCAAAAGCUGGGAUGUAUAACAAGAUACUGUUUGCCCUCUGUAAAAGAUGUGAAACAGAUCAGGCUAUUGAAUUUUUUGCUUAUAUGGUGUCUAACGGUUGCAUGCCUAACGAGUCGACCUACAUUAUACUCAUUGAAGGUCUUGCCCAUGAGGGUCUGUUGAAGGAAGCACAAUAUGUACUGAGUGAGUUGUACACGAAAGGAGUUCUAAGCAAGAGUUUAAUUGAAGACCAUCAGUAAGCAAGGUGGAAUCGGGUGGCAUGCUUUAUGUGUGUGCUUCAAGCUACAAUGAUCCAUAAAGAUGGGAUAGAUCUUUGAAGUGUGAAGACCAAGGAAAUCAAAAGGACGGUCUGGAGGAUAACACAAGCAAAUAAGAUAAAAACAUGUUCAUACUUGUAACGGCCGAAUAAAAGAUACAGGCCAAUAAAGUUUCUUAGAAACACUUCUCAGUUUCAGCAGUUUGAGACUAAAUUGUUGAAUUAUUUGACUAUACUUCUCCGUGUUUAUAAACAUUUUGGUUUGUCUUCCAUGAGCAAUGGUAUGUGCACAAUUGCUUUCCUUC